AUGGAGGAGGACAACAAAAAGCCAUACAAGGUCAAGGAUGUGACGAGAGCGAUCAAAAAAGCCGUCGUUGCCGGUACGCUGGAGGAGGUUCGCACAAAAGCAGCCGAAAAGUUUGGACGCGUGGAUCUACCAAACAUUCAUCUCGACUCCGAUGGCACCGAGGUGGACGACGAGGAUUACUUCCAGACGCUAGAACCAAACGCCGAGCUGAUAGCGGUCUUCUCCGGUGAACAGUGGAUCGAUCCCACACACUACGUAACGAUAACGACACGCCGGGACUCAGCAGACGUCACCGAUAGCCCGGAAGUGGAGCGAAUACAUCUGAAGAAGCUGGUCGCGCAGAUGAAGACCAACCUGUGCAACGUGUCGGUGUUAAGCGAGCCGGAUCUGGAGCUGCUGUCGAACAUGGACCCCAACUCGGUGGCCGACAUCACCGGCAAGGACUUUAUCGAGCAGCUGAAGGAAGCCUCAGGCAGAAUCCUGCAUGAAAAACGAAAGGCUGCUGACGCAAUUGAGCUGCUAAAGCUAAUCGCGAAACAACCGGCCGGUACGCCCCUGGGCGGCGAUCAAAUCAUAUGCAACGAGGCCAAUGAUAUUCACUGCGAGACACAGGAAGUCACCAUAACCAAUCAGCUCCGAUCCUUCCUGACGACAACGGUGCGACCGUCUCCCAUCGUAAGUCAGCCCCAGCGGACGGAAACGACUGCAGCCGCCGCUGAAGGAUCGUCCUCUUCGCCUUCCAUCACACCUUCUACGACCGUCGUUUCAAUUCCGGGCAGCUUCGACGACGACGGCAAGCACAAUAUUACCGUUCAUCUACAACCGACCUACAGCAGCAUCGACGAGGACACAUUUCAAGCCGACCGGAAACCGUUCGACAGCGAUCCGGAACCUGGCAAGCCCAUUUGAUAUUUAAUGUACCAGAUUAACGUCUGCCAUAAG